AUUGUUUGACUGUAGGUCAUCAAGGGGAUUGUUGGCAGAAACUAGACUAGAGAGAAUCCAGCUACAGUAUUGUUGCCUUUGGGGGCUGUUCUCUAAGGAAAAGAAGAAGGAGAGAGGUAGAUAUCAAGAUCUAAGCUUCCCAUUUCAGGAGACAUAAGCCCUCCCCCUAGAUGCACAGGUCCUGGAGGACCCAGAUACAGCUUCUUCCCUUCAAGUGUCUCCUUCUUUCCCGCCUUAGCCCCUGAUCCUCCCAGGGACCAGCCCUGCCUCUGCUUCCACCUGGAAGGCCCUAGGAAAGGCUCCGACUUUGGACAUCCCCAAAGAACAGGCUUAUGUCUCAUGUCCCUCUCCUUCUUCCCUUUACCCCCAAAUGAAAUGUACCCAUUUCCCUAGAGAUAGGGCAGCUGAGACAGUUUGAAGGCAACUUUGACAUCCCCCAGAACCCCUCCUCCACCACAGAAAAUAAGCUUGAAAACAGAAUUAGAGGCAAAACCCCCUUAUCUCCCUCUAAUCCUUAUCUCCCCGUUCUGUUCUCCUGCCCAGGACCAUCCCUCAGCCCUUUAUCUAGCACAGCUGAGUCCUGCUCUCCUUCCCAGGGCCAGCCCUGAGGCUCCCCCCUCAGUCCCUGGCUGCCCAUUCAGAACCCUGGCCAUAGAUGGGCAUUUUAAGGAGCCUUGUUCCCUGCCCCCCUCCUCCUAAGACUGGCAGCGUGGAGGUCCCUGGAGGGGAGAGAGCCCCUCUCCCAGCCCCCUUUCUUUCCAAUCCCUCUGCAAAAAGCCUUGCUGAAAAGUCUACUUUUCCCUUUCCUGGCUUGUUGCUCCUCUCCUACCCAACUUCCUCCGGCUGUAUCUGAUUCCCAAACAAUGUUCUUUGCUCCCAGGGGACUCGUGAGCCCUGCUGAACCCAAGGGAGGCCUAUUUCUAAUGGGGGGACUUCAGGCACAGUGAUUGGAGCCAGUUUCUCAGCCCCCCCAUCCCCGCCCCCCUCCCUGCUGAGUCUGGCCUGGAGGGGGGUGCUAUGGGAAGGGGCAGUGACUGCUGACGUGGCUCCAGCAGGAAGCCCGUUACUUGAAGGGGGAUGGGGUUGCCCACUGGAAUUUCUCCACCCACACCCCAGUUCCCAAGGCCGAGUCCCACAAGUCACGAAAGAGUUAAAGCCGCGAAAUCUAACCCUCAAUUCGUCGGAGCCAAACCCGAGCCGGGCUGGGAGGAAGGGGGGAGGGAUCAAGAGGGAGGGAGCGAGGAGGAGGGGAAACCUGGGACCCAGCUCGGUCCCCUCCCUCCCUCCCGCCUUGGCCGGGUCCUGGUGCCAGCAGAGUUAUUAUUACAGCGAUGGGCCAGGGAGCCAGAGGCAACCAGCAGCCCUGGGCCUGACUAAGCCGCUCAGCCUGGCCUUCAUGGUCACCAUGGCAACAGCCUCCCUGACUCCCCGAUGGGCUGCCCUCUUGCUCCCACUCUUGGUGCUUGGGAUGCCCACUGAGGAGCCCACCCCUGAGACACCUUCCCCAGUGCCGGGGGGCUGCCGGCGAUGCUGCCAAGAAUCGGAGCCCCUCAACCCUGAAAUGGCCAGUCCAACUGCUGUUCCCUAUGUGAUACCUGAAGUGAGACCCUACAUCAACAUUACCAUCCUGAAAGGAGAGAAGGGAGACCGGGGUCCCCUUGGAAUACCUGGGAAGAUGGGCAAGGAAGGCUCUCGGGGGGAGCGAGGGCCUCAGGGCCCCAAAGGGGCCAAAGGCCAGGCCGGCAGCCCUGGGGAGCCGUGCAAGACACAGUACUCGGCUUUCUCCGUGGGCCGUAAGAAGGCCCUGCACAGCACCGAGGACUAUCAGCCCCUGCUCUUCGAUACAGUCUUCGUCAACCUGGAUGGCCGAUUUGAUAUGUUUUCGGGCCACUUCUCGGCCCCCAUCGCCGGCAUCUACUACUUCAGCCUCAAUGUCCACACCUGGAACUUCAAGGAGACCUAUUUGCACCUGAUGCGCAAUGAGGAGCCCACCGUCAUCCUGUACGCACAGCCCAGUGAUCGCAGCAUCAUGCAGAGCCAGAGUGUCCUGCUGGAGAUGGCCUCUGGGGACCGCGCUUGGGUGCGCCUCUUCAAGCACCAGCGGGAGAACGCCAUCUACAGCGAUGAUGUGGAUACAUACAUCACCUUUAGCGGCCAUCUCAUCAAGCCAGGGGAUGAGUGACCCCCUCAACUCCCCCUCAACUCCCCCCAAUCUGUAUCCUCCCAACACUUCUCCCAUCUUUUCCACCUCUUCAACCAUGCUGUGGAAGGGGGCAAUCAAGCCCCCCAGGGCUCCCCAAACUUCCCUCCUAACUAGAUAUUCCACUUGAGCAAAUCAUGUUCCUUCUCUGGCCUCAGUUUACUCAUCUAUCUGUCCCUUUUUUCUUCUCCCCUUCUCUCUUCUCUCCUUCAUAGUCCUUCCAUUAUUCCAUUCAUUCAUUCCAUAUGCAUUUAUUAAGCACCUAUUAUCUGCCUGACACUGUACUCUGGGGACACUAAUUCCUGCCCGGGGGGGCCCUCUUCCUUCUGGGCUCCCCUCUGUCUCCCCGCUUCUCCACCUAGGCCUGUGACUUCUAAUGCUUCUCCCCCAGCUCCUGCUCCCUUGCCCCCUGUUCUCUGGAUGUUUCCCCCAUCAUCAGUGGCUUCCCCCUACUCCCUCCCACCCUUUUCUCAGUGUCCUUCCUGCCCUCCUCCAUCCCUCACAUUACUGAAUCCAAAGCAUAGACACUCAAAGACCAGAGGCAGGGGACGGUCUCUCUGUGGAUAAAGAGUAAAAUAGGACCAGAUAUCAAAGCAAAGACCACCCGGCAGUCCAUUCUCUGGUGGUUUCCUUCCCCUUCCUACCAGCCUCCACUGGCCAGCCCUUGAUAAACAGCUGGGCCACAGCUGGGUUUCCACCCUGGUGAGGCCUCCAGGCUUCCUCGACCCUUGGAAUAGCCUGUUCCUCUGUUCUCUCAAGACAGAGAUGGGCAGACAAGGGCCCCUUUCUCUCCCUUUUCUCCAUGGGUCAGCUUCCCAGGGACCCCAAGGCCAACCCAUUCUCCUCUCCACUUGCUCUGCCCCUGCCUAGGGCAGGCUGCGGCCUAUAAUGUGAAGCUCACCUUGUUAAACUCCCCCUUUUCCUAUGGUGCUAAGGAAACCCAAAUCAGUCUUGCCUUCAGGUUCAUCUUGGUGCUCCCCACUUAUGAAGGGCCAAGGCUGAGCAAGGGAGAGGGAGAGGAGAACAGGAAGAUUUACCCUUCCCCCCAGCAGGCCUGGGAUACUUGGAAAGGGGAGAAAAACAAAGGAAGGGCAUGUCUAAUUCUUCCUGACUCUCAAGAGGAAAGAACAGAAAAGGGUUAGAUGAGAUAACCUGGGUUCUACAAAUCUGUGAUUCUAAGAGUCACUUGGGGUGAGGGAGAGAGGCCUAGAAAUGGGGUUCAAGGAUGUCACACUAUAUCUCCCCUACAAUUGAGGGGUUUGGACCCCCCUGCACUAGAUAACCUCUCCCAGGGACCCUUGGGGAAUGGGCCCCUCGGGAAGCAUCCAGGGUGGAAGGGACAGAGCUGAGAUCUUUAAUUCCUUCCCUCCCCGCCCCAUUCCCUCCAUGGUACCCAAUCUCUUUCCUUCAGGAUUGGCCUCCAGCUCAUUGGUGCUAAUUCCUCCUGGCCUGCAUGGGCGGGUCAGGCCCUGGUGCUCUGUGGGCGGGAACCAAAAGGGUUGGAGAUGCACUCCGUGCUUACAUUUGCUGGUGCUUGAGGUGACCUACAUGUGCAGUAGCAUCCAAGGUCACAGAAGACAUAACCCCAAACCACAGUGACAUUUUUGGUCUUGUCUCAGGCUGAUUAAAAACCAAGAAAAAUGCUUUUUCUCAGCA